AUGAAGGCUGAUUGCGAAAAAAGUCCCCUGGCGGGUCUCCAAAAGGAGGAAUCCCGUCCGCUCACUUCGGUGACCGGCUGCCCUCCGUAUGCAGGGGUGGGCAACAAUCGCCUCGUAGGCCGGCAGGUUGCCGGUCUCCGUGAACACAACCUUGGCGAAACGAAUAUGGACAUUGAUGCUACGUGGAAUAAGGACUUUAUUGAAUGGGUGGUGAAGGACUGCGACCUGUUGUCGUACUCCAACACCAACGACCUUUGCGUGAACGCGGGAGAGUGCUCGAAUGCUCCGAAGAGUAGCUCCACGCAGUUGCAGACUGCGUCAGUAAAAGAAAAAGAGACGGAAGCCUGUGGUGGUGAAAACGAGGUAAAUGUAGAAGAGUCAGCUUUGAUAGACUGGCAUAGAGAUGAGCGAAUUGAGUCAGACUCGGCCAUGAGCUGCGACUCACUGAGUGACAGUGACCGACGGUUUUUGCGGAAACGCAAUCUGAGCGGUUCUGGGUCGGAAUCAGACGGGACCGCUGAGAAGAAAAAGACGCAGCCCACAUCAAAGCGGGGUCGUGGUCACGCCAUAACCACUGGCAAGUACGCGGGUAUGGCCAAGACCCGAGAAGAUUACAAAGCAGCAAAGGAGCAAUACCGGCGGCAAGAAGCGGAAAAGGCUGAGGCAGAGCUGGAAUGCAUGACCAUCCGCAUGCGGCCAACUGUGGAGCGAAGUGUGGCGUCUGGUACAGAGGUAGAGAGCCAGCUAAUGUCGGACCUUAACAAGCAAGUUCUUGACAGCGUGGCCGUGGUUAAAAAAGUGGUAGCUACGUCCGGGAACUUAAAAGGCACCUACCAGCGGAAGCUGAAGGAUGCGGCCACUGCGAUUACUGAUUUCGCCCAAGUGAUGCUAGAACGCACCACCACGGAUGAGACCAAAUUGCUACAGCGGACUGUCUCCCGUCUGCAAACACAAAUAGCGGACCUUCAAAAGGAACAUGAAGAACUCAGAAAUGAGCUGCGACUCGCUAGAGCAGCCCCAUCCCCGUUGACACCGGCCUCACAGCAGUCGCUCGUGGCACCAUCUAACGUGUCCCAAGAGGAGGCCAAGCGCACGAUAAUGAUGAACGUGGGCACAAUGGUGAACGCCCGCCUGGAAGCCUUAGAGGACAGGCUCCUUCCAGCUAAAACUGUGCGGCCACCGCUGGCCGCAGACAAAACAAAAAAGACGGCCCAACCUGCAUAUCAGAAGGACAACAGGCCGGCUGCAACACCUCGCCCAGUCCUGACGGAACAACCUACCGCUGGACCUAGUAAGCUAAAUAAACCAAAGGCACCCAAUGGUGUGCAACCAUCUUCUGCUCCUGGGAAUGAGGGGAAGAAAACGGCAGCAAAAAAGGGCAAGAAGAAGAAGGGAAAGACGGCUCAACCUGCGGAUGCACCGCGUGAGCCUCGUCCAUUACCACCUGUUCCGGCUAACGUGGACGAGACAUGGACAAAGGUGGUUAAAAAGGGCACAAAGAAGAAGGCAACAAGUCCUCCAACGCAGCAAGCAGCCCCCAAGAAGGCACGUAAACUACGCCCUCCACGCUCAGCGGCGAUUGUCCUCACGCUGAAGCCGGAAGCUGAGGGAGGUAAAACUACCUACGCGGACAUCCUUAAGGAGGCUAGAUCUAAAAUCGAUCUAAAGGAACUACAGAUCGAGGGAGUCCGGUUCAAACGAGCAGUCACAGGGGCUACCAUUAUUGAGGUCCCCGGGGCGACCAGCAGCGAGAAAGCAGAUGCUCUCGCGGAUAAAUUGAGGGAGAAAUUAAAUAACGAGGUUGUCCAAGUCUCCAGGCCUACAAAAACCGCUGAAGUCCGCAUCUCAGGGCUGGAUGACUCUGUCACGCCUGAGGAUGUGAGAAAAGCCGUGGUCAAAGUGGGUGGGUGUCACAUAGACCAAAUAAAGUGUGGCGAAAUCCGCCAGGACUUCUCAGGCCUAGGUUCCAUUUGGGUCCGCUGCCCAAUUACGGUGGUUAAAAAGUUGACUGACAGCGGCCGACUGAUUGUUGGAUGGGUAUCGGCAAGGGUCCAACUGCUGGAUCAAAAGCCUAUGCGUUGUUUCCGCUGCCUUGAAGCAGGCCAUGUCCGCGCGCAGUGUCAGGCUCAAGAGGACCGCAGCGACCUGUGCUACCGCUGCGGACAGUCCGGCCAUAAGGCGGCCACGUGCUCUGCCACACCGCACUGCGCUGUUUGCGCGGCGGCCAAUAAACCGGCAAGACACACAAUUGGGAGCAAGACAUGCUCUGCUUCCAAAACCAACAAGAAGGGGAAGAAGAAUGGCGAUGGCUCCCGAGCCCCCUCGCAAUCCGUCCACCAACCCGCCACUGAUGCGGUCGAGGGUGAGCAGGCAGCGCCAAUGGAAACCACAUAA